CGACGAAACCGGUGAUUGAAAACGGUGCUGCGCGCCAGAAUCAGCGCGCGAUGCUAGUCCCUGCCGGCCUCGAGGGCCAGCGGUCGUUGAACAGCGCAGUCCUCCUGCGCAUUAUCGAGCCGCCAGUGCCAGCUGCAACACAUGGCACUGCGCAGCGGGAGGCGUCCUUGGCAAGCUGCCAUGCUAUCCCCGUCAACGAGACUACCGAGGCAGCAGCGCGGCGUCUUCAAGGUUGGUACCGCCGCGUUCGAACAUCGACACACAUCAAGACGACUGCGGUGCACUUGAUGACGCUCAUGCACCAUCUCGACCGGGAUCUGCUCCUUUUUUGGAAGCUGCUCCACGAAGGCAUUCGCGUGUGCAAGUACAAUGCCAAGCGACAGGCGAAAAAAUGGAAGGUCAUCUCGCUCGACAAAGAUGGCGAGCGGCUCAUCAUGCGCCCGCUGCACCGCACGAGCAUGCGCAUCCUCGCCAAGUCCAUGUCGUUUGGUCGCCGGCGUGGCGUCACGGCCAAAUCGGAGAAGGGAUUGUACCUUCGCGACAUUGCCGAAGUUCGCGUCGGCGCGCAGUCGGCGGGCUUUGCGCGCUCGACGCUCGAGCCAGAUCCCGACCAGUGCUUCUCGAUCGUCGGCUCGGAAGCCACGUGGGACCUCGAGCUCACAACGACCGCUGCUCGGGACCAAGCGGUUGUGCGAUUGCGUGUUGUCUUGGACGUUCUCCAAGACAGCACGUCUCUCGUACGGUCCAUGCCGAUGUAG